CUCAUUCCAUUCUGCUCCCCGGGGUUGACAUUCCGGGCAGGAGAAUGGGUCAGUGUUUAAGUCACUCCAUGAAGAAAAAGGAUCUGGAAGAAUAUCAGGUGCUGACAUUUCUUACCAAGGGGGAGAUCCUACGAAUCUAUGAUGCUUUCUGCAGUGACUGCCCUCAAGGAAAGGACUAUAGACAGGAGAAACUCACUUCAGAUCAGGUCUCCACCUGGCCCCAGCUGAAGGUGAAUCCCUUCCGGGACCGGAUCUGCAAGGUCUUCUCCACCGAUGGCUACUUCACCUUUGAGGACAUCCUUGGGAUGGCGUCCGUCUUCAGCGACCGGGCGUGCCAGAGCAUUAAGAUGGAGUAUGCUUUUCUGAUAUACGAUUUCAACGACGACGGCUUUGUUGACAAAGAAGACCUCCAGAACGUCAUCCGCAGAUCGAUCAACAGGAACCACCUCAGCGAGGAAGAGAUCGCGUCUCUGGCCAAUCACGUUCUGGAGGAGGCCGACUUGGAUAACGACAAGAUGCUCUCCCUGGUGGAGUUCGAACAUGCCAUGACCAAGUCUCCAGACUUCCUACACUCUUUUAGGCUCUACUUCUGAGAAAGGGGCAGCAAGAUGGCGGCACACGAUAUCCAGACGUCACACAAGCCAAGACGCAUAAAAGCAACUCUUCCAGAGGGACGCUUCCAUCAUGGAUAUUUUUGUAGGGAAGGAACCCAGGCAGCAGACCUGUCUGUAUAUUUUGCAGGAGAAUAAAAUUUGAUUGUUGAGGAAA